AAAUUUAAACAUAUCCACAACCUUACUCGCAUUAGGUUUGGUUAUUAUCUGUUUGCUUUAAAGACGUCAAAAACACUCGUUAAAUCUUAACUAAAAGGAUUGUCUUGCAGUUAAAAACCAAACCAAAAAUGCUCCACCAGUAAAAUGAGCUCAACUUUUGGUGCAUGCUUGUACAUUUUCACGAUAGGAUAGUUAGAAAAAACACUCCAUCCAAAUGUGCAGAAUGAUUGCUCAUCUAUUCGCGCCAGUUCAUUAAAUUUCCUAAUGGCAACUAUGGAAGAAUAAACACUUUUAUCCUGAAAGCUUUUGGUCUUUAAACAAGUACAUUAUAACAGAGACGGGAAAACAGCGUUCCCAAGAAUUCGAAAGGGACAACGAAUUCUGGUGGGACCGCCAGGGAGGUUCCUGCUCCCCGUGCAGUACCUGGGAGCAAAGAGCCGCCUGGAGGACCUGGAGGGCGGGGGUCCCCUUCGGGGUGGCAGGGGCACGCGGGACGGGAACCCCACAGUUGCCAGUGUCCGCCGCGGGCCCGCGCCCCGCGGAUGGCUCCCCGGCUCCCGGGGCACAGGGACCGGGGUGUCCCGGGAGCUCACACCGCGGCGGCGGAGAGGAGCUCAACAACAAAGCACGUGGCUGGGGAGGGGCGGCCGCGGGAUGAGCACCCACGUCGCUCCGGGGCCAGGGGCAGGCUGCGAGCCCCGGCGGCCAUCUGGGAAGGGCUGUUGGGGGGCGACGCCCGGGUCCCGUGGCUAAGGGCAAAGCGCCAGGCCCCGCUACACCCUCACGGCCCCCUUUCCUCCGCGGCAGGCUCAGAGAAAACCCAGCCCGGGAAGCCGCCGGCCCCCCGCGCGGUCCCACUGGAAUUCGCUAGCGAGUCUCCGAUUUCUGGGGACACACUUCUUCAAGCAACGUGCUUGCUCCGGGACCGGUGCUGCCCCGCCGCGUCGGAGGCGCAGAGUUUUCUUCAGGGGGGUCCCGCCGGCGCGCCGCGCUCCCCACCUUGCCUGCGCCCGCGCGGAGCCAGCGGUUCUCCACGCAGCCAGCAUCCCGAGAGACGCGCCGCACACCGACGGAGGGGACAUGGGCAGAGCGAUGGUGGCCAGGCUCGGGCUGGGGCUGCUGCUCCUGGCACUGCUCCUACCCACACAGAUUUAUUCAAAUCAAACAGCCGUAACAAUUCCAAGUAACUCCUCCCAGAGUACCUUGGUUGCCGCGAAUCCAGCUAAUGCCACCAAGGCAGGUGGCAGUGCCCUGCAGUCCACAACCGGUGUCCUCAUGGUCUCGCUCUCUCUACUACAUCUCUGCUGUUAAGAGACUCAGGCCAAGAAACAUCUGUACUACCCCAUCUUCUAAAUCCAAUCCAAACGGCAUCUAGAAGUCCAGUGUGGCAAGGAAAAAACAGGUCUUCAUCGAAUCUACUAAUUCCACACCUCCUUUGAUUAACACAGAAAAUGUUGAGAUCCCAAAUCGAUUGGUUUGAAGAACAAGUGAAGGGUUUGACUAGAUGAUGGAUUGCCAGUAUGAAGGCUCCUGGAGUUUCAUGUACAAGAGGAAGAGUGGCAACAUCCAAAAUUAGCAAAAAUAUGAUUUCCUUGAAUGUGGCUUAAGAAAUACGGACACUUAAAACUACUGAGAAAAUAAGAAUAGAUUAUGUAUCUUUGUCUAGAAAUAAAGGAUAUGAUGUGGAAUGGGGGUUCAGUUUUCAUUUGGUUCAUUUGUUCUAUAAGGCCAUAAAAACAGGUAAUAUAAAAAAGCUUCCAUGACUCUAUUUAUAUGUACAUUAGAAGGAACUUCCAGUUGUUACUGUAAAUCCUCAGUGUAUUGUUUCAGCAGUACUAAUUUAAUGCCGCCAAUAUACUCUAGAUGAAAAUUUACAUUGUUAAGCUAUCACUGUUCUUUUGGGACCUGAACACUUUUUUUCCUCUGAGGCUUUGGAUUUAACAUUGCAUUUGACCUUUUAUGUAAUAAUUGACAUGUGCCAGAGCAAUAAAGGAUUGGAAUCUCCCCCAAGGCCAAGCAUCCUGAGUAACUCUUGCGUAUCCUUAUAGAGUCAAGUGGUAGGCAUUUCCUUGAAUCUAUUGCCAUUCAACAAGAGCACCAGGUCCUUUUAGCUGAACUGAUUCCAAAGAGUAGAUAGAAUUGCAUUGAUUUCAACUAAUGUCAAAGUGAGUUUUAUUUCUGCAUAUGUUGAAUACUUUUUAUAAUUUAAGGAAGGAUCUGUUUUGAAGGCAAAAUUACAAAUCUUGAAAUUAAAUAAGGCAAAGAUCUGAAGGAGCCAAAGGUGUAAAUCAAGUAUUUGGAAAAGUUAAGAUUGGAAGCUAACUUUCAUUAAAUUUGCAAAAACUUUUAUACUCUUUCUGUAAAUAUUUUUUUUUUUCUUAAAUCAAUGACAACUUUGGGUCAGAAUAGCCACAUUUGGAACACCUUUUUGUUAAUCAGUCAAUAUUUUUAGAUAGUUAGAACCUGGUUCUAAGCCUAAAAGUAGGCUUGAUUCUGCAGUAAAUCUUUUACCACUGCCUGGAUACACAGAAACCUUUUGAAAAAUAGACACUCCAUGAAGACUUUUGUUCGCAUGGUCACACACUGAUGCUUAGAUGUUCCAAUAUCUGAUAUGGCCACAGUAGUGGUGGUGACCAAAGUCAUUCUUUUUCCAUCUUUAGAAACCUACAUGGGAACAACUAGACAGACGGGACAGAUCUGAAGCUACUGUGUGUGUGAAUGAACACUCCCUUUGCUUUGUACCUGAAUGCCAUACAACUAUUUUGAAUUGUAUAUUGUGUUUGUGUAUUUAUGCUUUGAUUCAUAGUAAUUUCUCAUGUUAUGGAGUUGAUUUGCAUUGAACACAAACUGUAAAUAAAAAUAUGGCUGAAAGAGUA